UGUCAUAACUCAUAUGACGCUAGAAUUUCACAAAAAUAAUGGAAUUCUAUUUUUGUUAAAUAGAUUUUGUUCAAGAAACUUAAUGAGCGAUACAGUUUUUGUAAUAAAUCAACAUGAACAAAAAUUACGAAAGGUGUGCGCAUUGUAAUCGGCGCAAAUGGUUAUCAUCAGGGUGCCUUCGCAAGUGGCUAAAACCAAUGGAAUGUAAACAUUCUCAAAGAAACAUAGAUAGUAAGCGAGAUUUAAACGAUGUGGAUAUCGUUAAUUGUACUUUUAUGCCCGAAAGGAAACCCAUGGCCAACAAAUUUGUAAAAUUUUGGAAAAACAAGUUAUUUAUCACCGGAAGCGUAAGGUCACUGCAGAAGUAUUUUGGAAAUAAAAAUAGUGGUAGCGAGUACUAUUACAAUUUUAACAAACCAGAUGCUUCAGCAUGCUCCACUAAACAUUAUAAUGCAGAUAAAAAAGAUAUUAAUAAUGAAUAUGAGCUAGAAAACCAAUAUAAUAUAGUGAAGUACCACCAUGCUGAUGGUCAUUCUGUUCUACGUGGACAUCAUCAGCACACUUCCAUAGAGAGCUGUGCUCUCUACUGUCAACUUGCCAAGCAAGGCUGGUAUUGGGGCGGGAUAACAAAGACAGAAGCAGAGGAGCUACUGGCUGGACAGCAUGACAAUGUUUUCCUCGUUCGUGACUCCUAUGACUCUAGGCACAUACUCUGUGUGUCAUUCCGCUGUGUUGGACGCACACUUCAUGCUCGACUUAGACAUGCUGAUGGUCUAUUCUCCUUGAACAACGAAACAUUUGUGCCACCAAAUAGGAUUUCGGAGCAUUGCGCUACUGUUGAUGUCAAAUCACAGUUGUUUGAGAUGCCUGUUAAAUUAGCAAGGCCAUUAAAUAGAUUUGCAAAAUUGGACUCAUUGCAAAAAAUAUGCAGAUUUGUAAUCAGGCAGACUGUAUCAGAAGGUCUAUGGGAUAAGUUACCACUUCCACCUAACCUGAUAUCAUAUGUGUCACUCGGAAGUGAUUACAUUACCCCAUUAUAAUCCAAUAUAUUGACACUAUAUAAAAUAUUAUAAAAAAUAUAGUGUGCCUUAAAGAAUCAUCAUGUUCUUAACAGAUUUUAUGUUACUCUGAUGAAUGAUUUUGUACUUUUAUGACCAAAAUAUCUUUCAUUUUGUAACUAGGCAAAUAUUUAUGCAUCUGGAAGCUAUGAAAGAUUAUUUCUAUUAUUAUUCAGUAGUUAGGUUGAACCACUUGCAUGCCCACUUGAAUUACAUGUGGUCUAAUAUGAGCUGACAUUAUAACCACAUGUGAUCA